UUAGUGAGAGAGAAAUGAAGGUGAGUUAGUGAGAUCUUCACUUUUCCUGUGUCUUUGGUCUAAAAAUUCAUUUGGAUUGUUAAUCAAGAGUAACAAUCAACUUUAUCGGUUUUAUCAAUUGUAGAUUUUUAAUUAUGAUUAUUUUUUUAAUCAUCUGACCAUUACAAUCAAUUCAUCGUGUUUUUAAUCAUCUAAUUGUUGACCAACCAUAACUACAACGGUGAAAAAAAUCCGAGCCCACGAAAAUCAUAGAAAUUUAUUCCAAGUUUUUGCUUUUAUUAUUUGAAAUUGAAUUUUAUCCAUCAAUCUAUCGGUCACCAAUUAAUUUCGUUAAUUGUCAUCAUCACUAUUUACAACAUCACCAUGGAGUCAAGUGAAGUGUGCCAAUUUUAUGACCAGAGGUCAAUUCUGAUCACCGGUGGAACGGGUUUGAUUGGUAAAUGUUUGGUUUACAAUUUACUUAAUUCUUGUCCAAACAUUGGUCAGAUUUAUCUAUUAUUGCGUUCAAAACGUGAAUUCACCUUUGACCAGAGACGUGAACGUUACCUGAGUUAUGAUAUAUUUGAAAAUUUACCCAAUUCUAAGACUCUAUUGGAUAAACUGGUCUUCAUUGAGGGUUCAGUUGAUGCCAAGAAUCUGGGAUUAUCUCCUGAAGUUUUAUCAAAGGUGACAAGUGAGGUUUCCCUUGUAUUUCAUUCAGCAGCAUCGGUCGGAUUAGAGGCUGGUUACAAAGGAGCAGAUCAAGCUGCAAAUUCAAAUCUUCGUGGUACCAUGAAUGUCCUCGAAUUGUGUCGAUCAAUGACAAACUUGGCCUGUUUGGUUUACGUUUCAACGGCUACUGCUUAUCACUUUAGAUCAAUUAUCGAGGAGAAAAUUUAUCCAAUCUCAUGUACACCGGAAGAGUUUUUAAACGUCAUGGAAUCAGGUGAUUCCAAGGUUAUCGAUAAAUUUUUACGAGAAGACAAGAAAAUGUUCCCCAAUGCAUAUACACUGACCAAAGCUUUGUCCGAGAAUCUUUGUGCAGCCGAAAAUGGUAACAUUCCCAUUUGCAUUGUCCGUCCACCAAUUGUUUCCCUUUCCGUUUCAACUCCAACACCCGGUUGGACCAACAAGAUGCAAGCAUUUAACGCAAUGAUACUACUCUGGGUCAUGGGAUUAUCUCGCUGUCUAAUCUGGGAUCCCGAUACACGGAUUGAAGUGGCACCCGUUGAUUAUGUUUGCAAUGUAAUGAUCACCGCUGCCUGGUUUACAGCGGUCAAACAGAAGCCCGUUGACUCGGUUCCCGUUUAUAAUGUUGUCCCCACAGAGGAAAAUUCAGUUACCUGGAGAAAAUUGUUAGAAUAUUCUGUUGAUGUUGUCUUUGAAUCACCCAGUAUAAAAGCUCUCCGAUGGCCUGGGAGGGUCAUGAUUUCACCGAAAACACCAUUCAAGUUAAUCUAUUCAGUUGUAUUUCAACAUAUCAUUUUCGCAAUCUUUUCUGAUUUAGCUCUACUUUGCAUUGGUAAAUCACCUCAAGUUUGCUCCCUAAUGAUUAAGAUGGUGAAAACAAUUAAAUCAGUUCAUUGGUUCUUAACCAAGGAUUGGCACUAUGUUAAUUCAAAUUAUUUAGGAUUAACUGAUCAUCUUAAUGAUAUUGAUCGGAAAUUAUUUCCAAUGAGUAUGAAAGACAUUGACUGGAAACCUUAUAUUCACACAGGUUAUUAUGGUAUUAAAAAGUAUGUCCUACUUGAAGAUAAUGAUAAUACCAAGGCUGCUAUUGGACGAUUGAGAAGAUUAACAUGGAUAACCAAUGGAGCGAUUAUCUUUUCCCUUGUUCUAAUUACUACAAUUUGUAUCAUUUUGACUUUGUUUCUUUAAUCACAAUCAACUAAUCAUCUCAUACCUGUAAUUAUUUUGCUAAUUUGAUUCAUACUUUUACUUGUCUUUUUUUUAUAUUUACCUUUUUUUUUAAGAAAAAAAAUCCAAUCAAUUUAAUCACAAUUACAAUUGUAAUCAGUUGAAAUCACAAAUCAUUUCCUUUAUAAUCCAUUACAAUUUGUACAACACUUUUUUUUUAAUUAUCUAUUUUUCCAAUGUGAUUGAUUCACAAUUAAAAGACAAUUUAUUUCAAUUUAAUGCAACAAUUAACUUUCCAAAUGAUUUCUGUUUUCCCAAUAUCGGUUUGGUUGAUUUUUUAAUUACCAUUUUUUGAUUGUGUGUGUGGGCUAAUUGUUAGUGAUUAAAAGUAAAUUAUGUUCCCCAAUGUAUUGGAGUUUAUUAAUAGUUGAAAAGUUUUGUGUUUAGCUGGAAGCAAUUUAGACGAUUAUAAACAAUUAGCAUUGAAUUGAAUUAUUAACUUGGCAAAUUUUAAUUGUGAUUAACUUUUCAUGUUUCAUUUUUGUCACAAUUUAAAUGUUUGAAGGUCGAUUGAUUGUUUAAAGCGAUAAAUUGAUUUAUAAUCAAUCAAAACUAAUCAACGAUUUUUUUUCUCACUCAGGUAAAUAAACUUUACUAAAUUGUCAUUGGGAAAAAAAAUCAACUGAUUAUAAUUUUUUUUCCAGCAAUCAACGGUGAUUAAGAUUGAUUAAUUGUCUGGUUUGAUGAAACUUUUUUCUUGUAGAGUUGAUUUAAUUGCUAAUAACAUUUGAAAACAAUGAUUACAAUUUGAUGAUGGAGAUAAAUUAAUUUGAAUCUAAUUGUUACUUUUUAAAAAUGAUCAUUUUGAUCACUAAAAGUCAGUUAAUUGCUCAACCUUAAUUUGAUCCAAUUAAAAGUGAAGAUACAAUUGUAUCAGUUGGUAAAAGCUUAAUUGUUGACCUUUAAUUGUUGACAAUUGGUUAAAAUUGUAAAAGAUGAGUCAAGAAAAAAACAAUCAAAACUCAAUUGCAAUUCAAAUGCGUGUAAACAAUUAAAUUAAGCCAAUAGAGAAAUUGAAUUAAAUUGUUUGUGUAUAUAUAAACUUGACCAUUGUCCAGUUUACAUUACAUUACAUCAUCAUUGAAAUUCAUCAUCAUCAUCACUAAAUUAUUUUUGACCAUCUAGUAUAUUUUUAACACUCAACAAUUAAUAUUAUUAACAAUCUAACUGUGUUAGCAUUAAAAUUAACCAGGAAAAAUUAAAUUAAGAUAAAUUUUAAAGCCAAAAACCAAAAAAAAAGUACAAACAAUUAACCCAAAUAGUGAUGGACAAUGAAAUGGACAAUAGCUUGACCACUAGACUGGACCCAUUGGAGGAGGUGAAUGUGAUUGACAGACAAAAUUUGGUGACAACUUAUGUGAUGCUGGUUUACAAUACUUUGUACAAUCUUGGUGAAUCAAUUGCUGGACAUUUGAUUGGGAUGGUCAACCGACCAAAUCUGCCCAGGUCACUACGGAAACGGCAACAUUGGCCUUCCUCUGAAAUGGGUUAUAUUUAUUACCAAAGCUAUGGACCAACCGAGUGGGAUAGUGUCCUAUUUGACGAGUCAAUGUCCAUUCGGCUUAAGCUGGAAUACACGCCGACAUCAUGUUCAGUCCUUCACGUAAUGAAAAGUGAGUCAACCGCGAUCAAUAAUGAUCUUAAUGACGCUGAAAAUGAGCAAAUUGAGGCAAGAAGACGGGCCCGUGCCGCUGAACGACCUGGUAUAACUCUGAUAGAAGAUGAAUCAUCUUCGGAUGAUAGUGAUGACGAACCUUAUGAUGAGCUACCAAUGAAACGCUAUUUUGUUAAGACGGAAAGUGAGACCAAAUUUAUACGGACUUCGAAAGGUGUUCAUGCUGAAUCAAGAGUUAUCUUUGGAUUCAAGAUCGAUUCAACUCCUGAACCACAACCGGAUGAUCUUAAAUGUGAAGUUGUCAUUAUAACUGAAUCGUUUUGUCUUAUCGAUCGAGGUCAAGUUAUUCUUACAAGCACCACAUCGGUAAAUGAAUGUUUCACCAGUGGCGAUGAAGAUGAAAUUAGAACAGAACAUGUUAAAACACCGAUAAUUUGUCUCGCUCAAACGAUGGAUGAACAUACAGGCCGAUUAUUAGCCGAUGGUAUCACUACCAAUUACACUUCCAUCAUCAAUAUAAUCUCACUGGCGCUAAUUUUACACUUUGGCUCAACUUAAACAUCGAAAUUUUCAUCUCACUCUGGACGUUUCUCAUUUCGUAUUUUCAUUUUUUGAAACUUACCUUCGUUCACUUUGAUUUACUGACAACAACAUUCAUUCAUUUAUCAAGCAUUAAAUAAAGAUCAUUCAUAAAUUUAA